AGUCAUAGAAUAAGAAGAGAGAGAUAGAAAAAGAAGAAGGAAAGGGUUAGAGAGAGAAAGAGAGAGACGACGAUGGACGAAGUCUCUGCGAAACAAGCCCUAAUUUCCUAAACCCCAACUUUAAAAUCACCUUCUAUUCUCUAUUCUAAUUCUCCCAAAGAAAAAAAAGAAAAAAACCUAACUACUUCUAAUUUCCCUUUUCCCAUUAUACCCUUCUCAUUCUCUUCUCUAUAUCAGAUAGCUAGAUCCAAUUCAAAUUUCAAACCCAGAUCUUAAAUAAUUUUUAGGAUAAAUCUCUAAAAAUCACCAUGGGAAAUUGUUGUGCUACCCCUGCUGUAACAGGAGAAGACACAACCAACAAGAAAAACAAAAAGGCUAAAAAGGAGAAUCCCUUCGCCAUCGAUUACGGUUUCAACAACAACAAAACCUCAAGCUCAAAACUCACCGUUUUGAAGGAUCCAACCGGCCGCGAAAUCGAGACACGUUACGAGCUAGGUCGUGAACUCGGUAGAGGUGAAUUCGGCGUAACGUAUCUUUGCACAGACAAGGAAACCAGAGAGGAACUGGCGUGCAAGUCGAUUUCGAAGAAGAAGCUUAGAACUGCUAUUGAUAUUGAAGAUGUUAGGAGAGAAGUUGAAAUCAUGAAGCAUAUGCCUCCGCAUAAUAAUAUUGUUACGUUGAAAGAUACUUAUGAGGAUGAUAAUGCUGUUCAUCUUGUUAUGGAGCUUUGUGAAGGUGGGGAGCUUUUUGAUCGGAUUGUUGCCAGGGGUCAUUAUACUGAACGAGCCGCCGCGGCUGUUACCAAAACUAUCGUUGAAGUUGUUCAGAUGUGCCAUAAACAUGGUGUGAUGCAUAGAGAUCUCAAGCCGGAGAAUUUUUUGUUUGCGAAUAAAAAGGAAACAGCAGCUUUGAAAGCUAUAGAUUUUGGUUUGUCAGUGUUCUUUAAACCAGGUGAAAGAUUUAAUGAGAUAGUUGGAAGUCCAUAUUACAUGGCUCCGGAGGUAUUGAAGAGAAAUUAUGGCCCGGAAGUAGAUAUCUGGAGUGCUGGAGUUAUUCUAUACAUCUUACUUUGUGGUGUUCCUCCAUUUUGGGCAGAAACUGAGCAAGGAGUUGCACAGGCGAUUAUACGAUCUGUUGUUGAUUUCAAAAGGGACCCAUGGCCAAAAGUUUCUGAUAAUGCGAAAGAUCUUGUGAAGAAGAUGCUAAAUCCUGACCCAAAGCGGCGACUUACUGCACAAGAAGUGUUAGAUCAUCCAUGGUUAAUAAAUGCAAAGAAAGCACCCAACGUUUCGUUAGGAGAAACAGUUAGAGCAAGGCUAAAGCAGUUUUCCGUAAUGAACAAGCUCAAGAAAAGAGCUUUGAGGGUUAUUGCCGAGCAUUUGUCGGUAGAAGAAGCAGCGGGACUAAAAGAGGGAUUCAAGCUUAUGGAUACAAGCAACAAAGGCAAAAUCAACAUUGAUGAACUACGGAUAGGGUUGCAUAAACUAGGCCAUCAAAUUCCAGAUGCUGAUGUCCAAAUUCUUAUGGAAGCUGGUGAUGUGGACAGAGACGGGUACCUAGAUUAUGGGGAGUAUGUUGCGAUUUCAGUUCAUUUGAGAAAGAUGGGAAAUGAUGAACAUCUUCACAAAGCCUUUGAAUUCUUUGAUCAGAACCAAACUGGGUAUAUUGAGAUUGAGGAGCUUCGCAAUGCAUUAUCGGAUGAGAUUGAAGAAACAAACAGUGAAGAGGUCAUUAGUGCAAUUAUGCAUGACGUGGACACGGAUAAGGACGGAAAGAUAAGUUAUGAAGAAUUCGCGAACAUGAUGAAGGCCGGAACAGAUUGGAGAAAGGCAUCAAGGCAAUAUUCGCGAGAGAGGUUUAACAGUCUGAGCCUGAAAUUGAUGAAGGACGGGUCAUUACAAUUAAACAACGAAAAACAAUGACUGUAGAUGACGACUUUCUUUAGCAAAAUGCAAAAUUUACUUUUGGAAAAAAGAAAACAUGAUAAAGAAGUCUAUUAUUUUAAUUUUUAACCUUCUCUACAUUGUAAUUCUUUCAUCCAACACCACCCUAUUUUUGGGUGGAAAAAAAAGAAGAGGAUGUUGGUCCCAGCAGUGAUGCUAUUGUUGUGUGUAUGUGUUUGUAAUUUUUUCUGGGUUUGUUGAGGUUGUGAAAAGAAGGAAGACAAGGAGAGGGUGGGAGAGAUUGGACAUGUCUUCAUUUCUGGUUGUAAAUAUUUCUAAAUGAUCAUGCUUUUAUAUUAACUUUACAUUUUUAGGCAA